AUGGAUCCUCGCCCAUCGCCGCGUUCAACGCCGCCGCUUCACCAUGAACCAUAUGGCCCGAUUCGACCAGAGUGCCUUCGCGGAGCUAAUACAGGCAAGGUUGCAGUUGUGACGGGGGCAGCAAGAGCUCAGGAAGAAACCAAAGCAGCUGUUAGAGGCGUCAGUGAUAUGCAAGUUGAAGCCUUUCAAUGCGAUAUAACGGACACCGUGGCUGUGAAAGAUACAUUCAAAGCAAUUGAAACCACCCUAGGGCCAGUGGACAUCCUGGUUAAUAAUGCUGGAAUAGCAAAGGGAAAAUACGCAGUGAAUGAAAGCUUUGAAGACUUUUGGAAGGUAAUUGAGGUAAACUUCAAAGGAGCAAUGCUGUGUACGUAUGAAGUUCUACCAGGUAUGGCAGAGCGGAAGUCAGGCUGCAUUAUCAACAUGGCCUCGCGCGCCGCAGGAGUUGAUAUGCCCAAGAGCAUUAGUUACGGUGCUAGCAAGGCUGCUGUUGCUCAUGCGACGGCGAGUCUUCAAGAGGAAUUUGAAAUGCUCGGUCUUGGAGGGCACCUGGAUGCCUACUGCCUUCACCCUGGGGGAGUAUGGGGAGACAUGAUCACCACCUUCACAACACCUGAGGAACGGGAGAAACUAAGGCCUUUGUUCAACGAGGGUCCAGAGCUGGCGGCGUAUACCGUUGCGUACCUCGCAGCUGGACGUGCAAAGGAGCUACGUGGAAUGUAUAUCGAUUGUCGCCACGACAUCGAGCGAGUCUGCGACUUUGGCAGAGACAAUUUGAAGGCGAACGGAUUGAAUAACCUGAGGAUGAGGUUUGUGCCGGGAUAUGAUAAUGCGGAAUAA